CCAUGAUGAAGCAUUUUCAGUCCAUGGACGCGUGCCGGAGCUUCUCAGAGUUCCGCCAGGAGACCAGCAUGCUCCACUCCCUACAGCACCCGUGCAUCGUGCUGCUGGUGGGAAUCAGUAUUCACCCGCUCUGCUUCGCCCUGCAGCUGGCUCCCCUGGGCAGCCUCAACAUUGUGCUGGAGGACAGACAUAAAGGCUCCAGGUACAUGCCCCUGGGUCACAUGCUCACCUUCAAGGCAGCCUAUCAGAUUGCAGCGGGGCUGGCCUACCUGCACAGGAAGAACAUCAUCUUCUGUGACCUCAAGUCAGACAACAUCCUGGUGUGGUCCCUGGAGGUGUGUGACCCGGUGAAUAUCAAGCUGUCAGACUACGGCAUCUCGCGCCAGUCCUUCCACGAGGGGGCACUGGGUGUGGAGGGCACGCCGGGCUACCAGGCCCCUGAGAUACGCCCAGGCAUCGUUUAUGAUGAGAAGGUAGAUGAUAAGAAGGUCUAUGGUGGCAG